CUGUCAUAUGACUUCCAUUUCCUGGUACAGUCGGCGGAGCAGCAGCAUCCCAAACACCGCUAACUGAGCGUCCUUGUCGGGGGUGUUUUGCUUUUUUUUAACGCCUUCUCUCCGGUGGCUGACACUCCAAAACUACUCUGCGAUCAUGCACCGAUAUGCUGCAUUUGUUCUCGCCCUCGCCUUUGUGGCUGUGCUCCAGCAGUCGCAUGGCACUGAGGUGAACGUCACGGACAGCAAGGGAAAGCUGUGCCUCUAUGCCAAUCUGAUGGUCAACUUUUCAGUCACGUAUGAAAUCACUGGCAAUAAGAAUUCAACAGUUGAGUUUCAACUUCCCGCUGAAGUCAAAUCAAAUACAAGUGAGUGCGGUGCCACAAGCGCGAUGCUGAAGCUUGAUUUUGGAGAAGGACACUCCUGGAGCAUGAACUUCACUGUCAGUGGAGAAGCGUACCAAGCAGAUGUCAUCGCCUUUUCCUACAACCUCGGCGACAAGACCACUUUCCCUAAUUCUGCAUCAAAUGCAACCUCAACUGUUUCCAUGAAGCCACACAUUACUGGCGUAACCAUGGACACGUGCUACUCAUGCAAGAGUAACGUCAUGUUCGAAUCGAAUUCGGUCAAUCAGACACUGUGGAACGUGCUCAUCCAGGCUUUUGUCAGUAACGGCAGCAAGAGCGACCGUAUCACCUCUUGUUCUGCCGAUGUACCCACAACCACCGUUACCCCGACCACUCAUGCACCCAGUACCACCACUGCAGCUCCUGUCACAAAUGCUACUACCACUGCCCCUCCUACCACCACCCCGACCCCUACCCUCCCCACACCCUCCGUUGGGAACUACACCAUCAAGAAUAAUGAAACAGUCUGUCUGUUAGCCAGCUUUGGCCUGCGGAUUGGUGUCAAGCAAGGAGACAAAUACGAGGAGAUGAACUUCGAAACUAACGGGACCACAGCUAAUGGAUCAUGUGGAGUCGACUCCAGUGAGCUGGAGUUGACUUCUUCCACAGUGGUCAUGAUGUUCAAGUUCACCAAUGAUUCAAAGAAAUUCCGCCUGCAUGCUCUGAACAUCAGCGGAACGACAAGCUCUGGCGUGUUUGUUGGGGGGAACACCAACCUGACCCUGUGGGAGGCGUCUGUCGGCAGCUCCUACAUGUGUAACAAGGAGCAGAACUACACCAUCAGCAGCACGCUCACCCUCUUCACCUUCGACCUUCAAGUGCAGCCCUUUGGAGUCAAGAAAGGUGUUUUCAGUACAGCCUAUGAAUGUUCAAUGGAUGACACCAGCAUCUUAAUCCCAAUCAUUGUUGGCGCUGCUCUGGCUGGCUUGAUUCUCAUUGUAGUGGUCGCUUACGUGAUUGGUCGAAGAAAGACUUAUGUUGGAUAUCAGACCCUUUAAAUCCAGUCCUGAAAUAUAACAGGGUUCCCAAGCGUGGUCCUUGGGUUUCAUGUUCAUGUUCAAUUGGAGAAAAUAAAAAUUUAAAAUAAACUGAAGUCUCUUCAGAGUUGGUCGCAACGGGUUUUACAAUCUGUUGCAUCAAGGUUCUUUAAUGAGUAAAAUCCAUGUAAAUUUGGUUUGGCGUUUUUCUCAAGGACCAAACUUGUCUACCCUCCCAAUGUUUGUGUUUCUUUUUUGUUGUUGUUGUUGUUCCUUUUAAGUUUUUUUUUAAAGAGCAAGUGCAGGAGCCACUUUUUUCCUUUAAUUUAAAUUAAUAACAGUCACAUAAAAGGUGACAUUCAAUUCAUAAAAGCCCCGUGGACAUAAAUUUCUCACCCAUGACGUGACAGCUAUGGUUUGUUGAAGCGGCAGGAUCCUGCACUUGCUCUGCAGACAUUCCCCUUUUUUUGUUUUCUUAUUUCUCAUUCUCAUUGUUUAAUCUUUGUGCACAUUUUAGUUUUUACCCCCUCUUUUAUGGUUUGACUUUUCAUCCCCGUAAUUAUUCACACUGAGACGUAAAAACGUCUAUUUUCACGACAUCGUCACAAACCAACCGAUGUUCAAUCAGCUUUCUUUCUUUGAUAUUCAUUAACAAGGAUGAAGGUCUUCUCCAUUUGGAAAUAUGCUUUAGCCCAUGUUUCCUCCUGUAGAGCAGGAGAAACAUUGGAAUUAUUGUCCUGAUAAAGUGUUUAAUUGUUUGUUUAAUUAAAAGACAUUUUUCAUGGAGGACAUUUAUCGAGCAGUGAAAGUCCAGGUGGAACUGACGACAUUAACGAUGGCGUUUAAAGCGACGCUCCUGAAACUGAAAAAACAACGCGAGAAGAAGCCAUCGUUAGUGUUUUUAGCCACACGUGCCUUUCCUGCUGCACCAUGUCAAAAUGUCCGCCGUUUAAAAGGCCUCUUACGUUUGCACAUGCUCCAGCCAGAGAAUGAACCUGAAAAGAAAAAAGGUCAAUUGUUUUAUUUUGUUUUCUCACUUAAUACAUAAUGGCAUUAGGUUUAGAAAAGGGAGAGUUUGGUUGUGUAGAUAUUCACAUUCAGCACAGACAAACGAGGACAUACAUACAUACAUACAAAUGCACUAAGGCGCUCUUUAUGUUCUUGCGUUACGUUAAGACUGUCGUCACAUUAUCUCACCUGUGUAAAGGCCCAGGCUUUGGCCUGACCGCUGAGGUCUGCAGCUGCAUCGAGGGGGGUGGGGGUGGGGGGGUUAAAGCUCCUGAAACUUUCAAAGUAGUAUUUCUCCGCGACACUGAAUAUUUAUAACUGAGCGAGCAACAAUCAAAGUUAAAGUUCGGGAAAGAGUUUCACACAAGAAUAGUUUCAGAGUUCGAUAUGAUGUUUGACCGUUAGCUUGGCACCAAGAGGGGAAACGGUUCAAAGCUCUUGAAAGGCUCUUUCCGAAAGAAAUCUGCCUUUUUUUGUUUCUGUUUUCAGUCUUUAUGCUAAGCUAAGCUAACUGCAGCUGGAUGGAGCUUCAUAUUUAUCGUACAGAGCAGAAAAAGGGUAUCUCGCAACUUAUUAAUUUGUAAGUCAUUUGACCCUCCGGGUGUCAUCUGUCCUCAGAUUUCGAUUCACACGGAGCUAAAUCCAAGUAUUCUCACGUGAAAUAGACAAACUUCAUCGCUCGCUGUGAAAAGUUUUCAGGAGCUUGUAAGUCAGGGAUUAGUGCAGGUCGCAGUGAUGCAGCGUCAGGGAUGGAGUCAAACCUCAGAAUGUGUAUUUCUAUGAUUAAAAAAAGCCAAUGUGACUCAUGGUCGUAGCUGUGUUAUUGUUGCUUAAUUCUAGCAGAGCGUUGUGUACCGCUCAUCUUGUUCCAGCUCUUCAGGAGCUGGAGCGACGCAGGCAGUAGACAACACUUGAUAUGAGAAUGAUUAAAUAUGUUUUCAAGUUGCUUAUAAAAAUGUGCUUUUCCCAGGACGUUGUACAUGUGUAUGAAGAAGAGCUAUAAAUCAAUACUGCCUUUGAUUUCUUUGCAUGUGAUUGUUGUGUGUAUUUCAGCUUUGUACCAACUUGCCUUAAUUAUAAACAUGGUUUUGCAGCACUGAUAUAUAUAUAUAGUGUUUUCAAUUAAUCAUCUCGCACAUUCAUCAUCAGAGACAACUGUGCGUUGUUCAAUGUAACUUUUUUGUACAUUCAAUAAUUCACUACUAAUAUUAAAAAUAACCUUUUCGUGGUUGUAA